AUGGCCCCCGCAGCUUCAGGGACGGCGAACUCGCCAGCCAAGAAGGCUUCUGCUCCAGAAAAGAAGUACAAAUGCCAAUUUUGCAAUCGCGCUUUCAGCAGAAGCGAACAUCGUAGCAGGCAUGAACGCUCACACACAAAAGAGCGACCUUUCAAAUGUUUAAAAUGUCGUAGUACGUUUGUUCGUCGCGACCUUUUAUUGCGCCACGACCGAACUGUUCACGCCAAAGACGGCGGUAUCCCUUUGGUUGCCGAGGGACGCAGACGUGGUGGAGGGGUCCAAAAAUCAACUCCUGCCGCCCCACCUAAGCCCUCAAUUACUAUUGAUCCGGCUACCUUGGAACAUAUCGAAGCAAGUAGUGACGGUAUGGUUGAUCUCGAAACCGCAGCCAUGUUGAUGACAGAUUUCCAACACAAGGCAGCAGCUGCAGCUACUGGUCAGGCUUCCGAGCGCUCCGAAUCCCUUUCCCCGGGCAACGGCUCUUUCGAGCCGUAUCUGUCAGGCAACGCCACCUUGCCCCAGAUGCCCUGGGAUACCCUCGUUUCGUCGGCAGAUCACCCAAUGCACGCACUCGGUCGUCACGGUCUCACCGGCGACAUGCUCUCGCUGCCCAUAUCUGGCAACUCCACCCCGAACGCGCUCUCCCCGUACCCCUCUAUGACCGGCCCCGUCAGCCCUGUAAACUACCGUCGCUCUCCCGGACCUAGCCAAGCAUUGACCUUGGCCAAGGCUCCCCAGAUCCACGACGAGUUAGAACGUAACAUGGUGGUUGAGCGUGUCCAAGGUGCCGACACUCUUGGCGCACUCCCCGAUACCUUCCAGCUACCUGGAACCCAGAUCUUGAACCGGUACUUGUCGACCUACUUCAACCUGUACCAUCCCCACCUACCAUUCCUGCACCAGCAGUCAUUUAGCCCUGCAGUCGUUGCGGCCCCGCUUCUGCUUUCUGUUCUGUCUAUCGGUGCUUUGUACACUUUCGAGCGCGAGCAUGCUUUCAUGCUUCACGUGGGCGCGAAGGUCUUAGUCAACCAGUUCCUUCAACAGAAAGAGAACUUUGACUCUCGCAAGUGCCCACUGUGGCUGAUGCAGAGCACCCUGUUGAACAUGGUCUUCGAGAGCUGGAGUGGUGACCCGAAGGGGCUUGAGUGGACUUGCUCCAUCAAAAGUCUUCUUGCCAAUAUGGUCGCUGGCAAUCGUUACCAACUCAAGUUGCGGACUGCUGCCCGCCAGGGCAUGUACCCAUCUCGGGAGGACUGGAUUGAGGAUGAGUCUUGCAGACGUACUUACUUCGCUGUGUACAUUUUCUUCGGCAUGCUGACUCUUACUUUCAACCACACUCCUGCCAUGAGCUUCGAUGAAUUUGACAACCUCGAGCUCCCCUCAUCCGAGACUCUCUGGAACCUCGAUGCCGCAGACGAAGAGUCUUGGCAUCGACGUGCACCCACCAACACCUUGACUGUGCGCGAAGCCCAUGAUUACCUGUUCCAGGGAGAGCAGACCCGAUACAGUGCGUUUGCUACACGUGUACUGAUAAAUGCUCUCUUCUUGCAAGUCUGGAACCACAAGCGUAGCUUCGAAGCCCUACAAGACGUCGUCACUGAGUACAAGCUCCGCCUGGCUUUGGAAACCUGGGAAAGUUCUCUUGACGUGUGCGAGUCCGAGACCAUUGUUGUCCCUCUCAGCACGCCUCAAAAGGGCCACCCCUUGAUUUUUAACUCCAUGGCCAUGUACCGUAACACUCGUGCCCGCCUGGAAGUUGAUCUGAAAUCCAUCCAGGAGGCUAUGCGUUACCACUCCUCGUACGAGGUUGCGGCAGCCAUGACCGUCGCACGCGAGAAGGUUAAGCGCUCGCAAGAAAUGAACAAGGUCAUUCAACAGUGCUUUGAAUGCAUUGAGAUUGCCGCUGUUCAGGGCAUCAACUGGGUUGCCAAGACCUCUGCCACCAAUUGGAGCGUCGAGCACCCUCUCUGCGGCCUGGACCUGAUGGUCAUCCUGAGUCUCUGGCUCUAUCGCCUGGAACAUGACGAUGAGCCAGCUACUGAGGCCGAGAUGGCACUCUACAACAAGGUGCGGAAUCUCUUUGAUGAUGAUGCCAUCGACGCCUUUGGCAAACUCAGCUCCACCGUGGCUCGUGUCUGGGGUAACAUACUUGACGGAGUGGUAGUUUGGGGAAUCACCAAGCUUAUGGGUGAGUCAUUCAAGCUGCACUCCCAGGCUCUGAUCGGCUAUGAGGAUUCUUUGCGUGUCGCGAAGGAUCAGCCGAUUCACGCCGUUUCAACCAAGUCGCUUGCUAGCAUUGGCACCGCGUACUAA